CCUGCGCAGUGGCCGCCGGCGGCGGGGUGGCUGACGCUGCCGGGUUGAGGGAGUUCCUGCGGGUGGCUGUCACCGCCCCGUUUGUCUCCCGAUGGUGCUCUCCUGAGGCCAGCUGCCUGCGGGCGUCGCCCCGGGAUGGAGCACAUCCGGACAACCAAGGUUGAACAAGUAAAGUUACUUGACCGGUUUAGUACCAACAACAAGGCACAGACAGGAACACUGUAUCUUACGGCCACACACCUAUUAUUUAUUGAUGCUCAGCAAAAAGAAACCUGGAUACUACACCACCAUAUUGCCUCAGUGGAGAAACUCGCUCUGACCACUUCUGGAUGCCCACUCGUGAUUCAGUGCAAGAACUUCAGGAUUGUGCAUUUCAUUGUUCCCAGGGAAAGAGAUUGCCAUGAUAUUUAUAACUCUCUGCUCCAACUAUCAAAACAAGCAAAAUAUGAAGAUCUCUAUGCAUUCUCUUAUAAUCCCAAGCAAAAUGAUACUGAACGACUGAAUGGUUGGCAGCUUAUUGACCUUGCUGCAGAGUAUGAGAGGAUGGGAGUGCCCAAUGCAAACUGGCAACUGUCUGAUGCCAACCGAGAGUACAAGGUCUGUGAGACUUAUCCCAGAGAGCUGUAUGUUCCUCGGACAGCUAGCCGGCCAGUGAUUGUCGGCAGUUCCAACUUCCGGAGCAAGGGCAGACUUCCGGUCCUAUCCUAUUGCCGGCAGGGCACUGAGGCUGCCAUUUGUCGAUGCAGUCAGCCAUUGUCAGGCUUCAGUGCCAGGUGCCUAGAGGACGAGCAUCUGCUUCAAGCCAUCAGUAAAGCCAACCCAGGAAACCGCUACAUGUAUGUCGUGGACACCAGGCCCAAGCAUCGCAUGCAGAGCUGGUGGGAUACACAAAAGGACAUUGGCAGAAUUAUAGUGAGGAUUUCUUCAAAAAUCUGGAAUGAUGAGAAAAUAAGAGAAAGCGAUGAGAAAAAGCGACUCAAUGCAAUGGCUAACAGAGCAGCUGGAAAAGGUUAUGAAAAUGAAGACAACUAUUCUAAUAUUAGAUUUCAGUUUGUUGGAAUAGAAAAUAUUCAUGUCAUGAGAUCCAGCCUUCAGAAAUUACUGGAAGUGAAUGGCAGCAAGGGGCUUUCUGUCAGUGAUUUCUACUCUGGUUUGGAGAGUUCAGGAUGGCUACGCCAUAUCAAGGCUGUUUUGGAUGCUGCAAUCUUCUUAGCCAAAGCUAUAGUGGUUGAAAAUGCAAGUGUGCUGGUGCACUGUUCUGACGGCUGGGACAGGACCUCCCAGGUGUGUUCCCUCGGGUCGCUCUUGUUGGAUUCCUACUACAGGACACUGAAAGGAUUCAUGGUUUUAAUAGAAAAAGAUUGGAUAUCAUUUGGGCAUAAAUUUUCAGAGAGGUGUGGCCAUUUGGAUGGUGACCCAAAGGAAGUCUCACCAGUGUUUACUCAGUUCUUGGAGUGUGUAUGGCAUCUUACUGAGCAGUUCCCACAAGCCUUUGAGUUCAAUGAAGCAUUUCUUCUUCAGAUCCAUGAGCACAUUCAUUCGUGCCAGUUUGGGAACUUCCUUGGCAACUGUCAGAAGGAAAGAGAGGAACUCAGGUUAAAGGAGAGAACUUACUCCCUGUGGCCCUUUCUUUUGGAUGACAAAAAGAAGUACUUAAAUCCUCUCUACAGUUCCAAAUCUCAGAGACUGACAGUCUUGGAACCAAAUACAGCCUCUUUCAAUUUUAAAUUUUGGAGAAACAUGUACCAUCAGUUUGAUCGGACGCUCCAUCCUCGGCAGUCUGUACUGAACAUAAUUAUGAAUAUGAAUGAGCAAAACAAGCAGUUAGAGGAAGACAUUAAAGACCUAGAGGCGAAAAUUAAGCAGUGCAAAAAUGGCAUCCUAACGAAGGACUUGCUGCAAGUCGUUCACCCUGAGUCUCCUGCCCUGAAAACCUCACUGUGUCUGAAAGAGCAGAGUCUGCUUCCAGUGAAGGACACACUCCGAGCUAUAGAGGGCAGCAGCCCAGCAGAUAAUCGGUACUGUGACUAUGCCGAGGAAUUUUCUAAGUCGGAGACUACUGUGGUCAGCUUGGAGUAUGGUGUGGCCAGAAUGACUUGUUAGCAUCCAGUUCUUCCUGGAUGACUCUAGUGUAAGAAAUGUAUAGUUGUGAGGAUGAUCUGUACACAUGGGCAGGAGGGUUUGUUGAGUGACUUUGGGGCUUAGCAGUAGGUGAAUAGCUGAGAAAAGGAUCACAGGAGCAAUUCAGAGGAAUAGGUCAGCUAAGUGCCAUUUGUAGCAAGAACGAUACUCAUUUCUGUAGGAAGUGAGUGCUAGUGUGUAUACUUACUGGAAAUGAUUUAUGCAGUACAGGUGAGCUAAAAGUCUGUUGAUUCAGAUGUUAAUUACAGACAAGCUCAAUAGCUUUCCUUAAGUGUAAUUUAACUCUGAGAACACAGACCUGACCACCUGAGCCCUCAGUGACUGACACUGCGUGUGCUCUCAGUCCUGCAGCUGGGUGACUACGUAUUUUGCCAUUUAGUGAUGUUUUAACAUUAAAAUGCCAUGAAAAGUACUUCUGAGACAGCCUUAAAAUAGACUCUCAGUUUAUUCUGGAGGCUUUAUAGCCGAGAACAGGAUGUUUGAUCCUCCUUUAAUCAGCCUUAUUUCAUAUGAAGAACUGCACUCUGAUUACCUGGGGGCCACACACUGUGGUGCUUCUCCAUGGAAAGUAGUAGACAUACUCUGCUAGUUCGUGAUCAGCCAGCUCCACCCACAGUUCAUCAGUCACAGCUCAGAGCACUCGUCUCUUAGGCUGGUACAAGCACACUUGGCAUUUACUUUCGGCUUACUGCACUCUAAUAAUUCUUACUCCGUGGUUGGCUUUAAUCCUUUGGUAGCUGUACAUUUAAAGUGGCAAAGGGAGCACUGAGGGAGCCAGUUCAUGUACAACAGAAGCAGCUUUGACGCCAGAAAAGGGUUUAUUUUGCUUUGUUAGGCUCAUUGUUUAUUCUGUGCACAGGGACAGACAUACCUUUUCUAAAAAAAUCACUUGCAACUGGCAGUAUUACCAGCUGGUUCUCAAACAAAGUUUAAUAAUACUGUUGAUGGUGUGAUGUACAGUUCAGGGGCACUACAAAAUCUGUGUAUGUUAUCUUAUAUAUCUCCUGAUUACACCUAUAUCUGUAAUAUUUCUUGUAUUAGUUUUGAACAUAUGUAUCUUUUGGAAAAAAAGAAAACUGAAUUGUAUGUGAUUUUAUCUAAUCCUUAUUUUUCCAUUCACUUCUGUAAGACCUUAUGUAAUAAAAACACUUCAUUUUAAAAAGUAACAGAAAUAUACUAAAAAUUACAAUGUAUAAUGAAAAGUGUUUAGACAUUGAGAAAGGAAACUUAAUCUCUGUGGCCACAACAGGAGUUUUUUGUGCCUCGGUUCCAGUCAGGUUGUGGUUUUAGACUUCUGUGGCAGACUUCCUCGUCAUAUCCAGUUCAUUAUGCUAAUCUUCAGCUUCACAUGUAUAUAUGUGUUUACAUGCUCACACACAGAUAACAUCCUGAGUGACAUACAGGGCAUAUGUUGGCAAAAGUCUGUGUAAAUGUCUCAUAAAAUUAGACUUAUGUUCAUCGUAUUUUGGGAUGUAUAGCAUGUAAAUUAUUUCAUGUAUUAUUUAAAGGCAAUUAAAUGUUCAUGUUUUA